CCCUCUCCCCGACUAGAGAAACGAGAAAACACAGAGCUCAUUUUGCCAAAGAAACCGAGCCAAGACAUGGCGCGCUACCACCCCGCCUCCAUCCAGGACGACAUCGAGGCCGGCUUCUCCGGCCACUCCGCCUCACCCGUCAAGCCGGCGUCGUCGCCUCGGCGGCCCGGCGGCCGCCUCUUCUGCGACCCGUGCGACGACGCCGGCGACAUCCUCGCCCACCACCACUACCUCGACAUCUGCUUCCGAUGCCGGAGACCCCUCGGCGGGAACAGAGACAUCUUCAUGUACAGAGGCGACAUGCCCUUCUGUAGCGAGGAGUGCAGGCAGGAACAGAUCGAGAUCGACGAGGCGAGAGAACAGAGAUCGAAGCAGACGGGGAGGGCAGAGCAGGAGAGACAGAGGCAGAAGAAGCAGAGCCACCCGAGGAUCCCGGUCUGGGCGUGGUAAACAGUUUUGGUCGCGAAACAAUAGAUCUUAGCAGAAGCUCAAGAACCGAAGGCAUGAGGAGACAGUUCGUCCAUGGCCGUCCGUGCGGAUGGAGAAAGAUCCAAUCGAGCACACACGGAUCAAACAGUUCCACGGACUGCGUCCUCUGUCGCAACCAAACGGAUCGGCUCCCUUUCCUUUUGAUCUCCGCAACAAGGAGAUGAAGAGCCAAUUCAGUGUGUGAAUUUUUGUUUCUUUGCUCGGUUGCAAAUCGCAAGAAUAUGGCGCGUCCGUGCAACCGGUGCUCGUUUGUGUGCGCUUGUAAUGUAACCUGUAAUCUGUUGAUAUGGAAGAAGCGAGAGGCGUAAAUAGCUCUCUCCGAUUUCUCAUCAGCUCGGUUGAUUUCGUUA